CGCUCGGCCCCUAUCUGGUGCCAGAAUAAAGCUGUCAUUAUGUGUUACCAGUUUUGAUCACCAUGUUGUUUGUCUGGUGGUUCCUAUUGCACCAUGCGUCCAUUUGUGCACUCGCCGACCUGACUCCAUCCGAGAUUUUUCCGCAUCCCAUCAAUUUGUCAAAAUCGGAUUGGAAAUGUCCUUCGGACAGACCAGCCACGAUUACCACUGUUGGAACGUUUUGUGGUAUACGGGAGGUGGUUCAUUGGCCGGAUGGAAUGGCUUCCAAGGUGGAUAUAUACUAUGGAAUCCGCUACGGUCAACCACCAGUGGGAAGACUUCGAUUCCGAAAGCCAGUCCCACCUCCUGCCGAGCCUGACAAAGUGUUCUCUGCCAAUGAACUUCAGGCCACCUGUCCACAGCCACGUGAUACUCUGUUCCAGGAAUGUCCGGCAGCGCGUAUGUGGCAACCAAACACACUGAUGUCGGAGGACUGCCUCUUCUUAAAUAUCUGGGUCCCCAGUCACACACCGAGUGAGAUGAACAGCAACGAAGAAAAGUUGGCCGUCAUGCUAUGGAUAUACGGCGGGAGUUUCUAUACGGGUACUUCAACACUCAGCGUCUACGACGGACGUUUUCUCGCUGCUCGGCAAAAUGUGAUUGUGGCUUCUCUAAAUUAUCGUGUUGGUCCGUUCGGAUUUCUGUUCACUGAUCAAGCAGAGGUCCCCGGAAAUAUGGGUCUGUGGGAUCAACGUCUCGCGAUGAAAUGGGUAAAAGACCAUAUAGGCAGCUUUGGAGGGGAUCCGGAACGCAUCACGCUGUUCGGUGAAUCAGCCGGUGCAGUCAGCGUCAGUGCGCACCUGCUCAGUCCCUGGUCUCAUGCAUUCUUCACGAAUGCGGUGAUGCAGUCGGGAUCCAUACUUGGCAACUGGGCAGUUUCAAAUGCUGUACGAGCGUUGGAACAGACGAACAAGUUUUCAAAAAUAUUGGGCUGUACAGGAAAUGCGGUAAACACAAUUGACUGUCUUCGUAAAAAGAGCGUUAAGGAGAUCCUGGAUGCUCAUGAUGCCAUGUUCAACGAUGCGAGCUAUUUCUCCGUGCCUUUCCCCCCGGUGCUGGAUCAGCACUUUCUCCCGUAUGAAAAUGGCCUCCGACUGCGACAAAUGCGUUUCAUGAAAACAACAGGUUCCGUCAUGUUCGGCAUCAACAAAAACGAGGGAAGUUACUUCCUACUGUACGCGUUUGUGAACAACAGUGAUUGGCGCGGAGAACACACUCAGUUGCCUAUAAGGAGUCGAGCAGAAUAUCUUACCUGUCUACGGCGUGUGUUGGAAUUACAGGACGACAUUCGACCAGAACUGACCGAUCCGCUGAUUCGUUAUAUCGAUUUUGAGUACGAAACCUAUGAUUAUAUUCCGACGUUAGCAUCUUGGACAAGACGACUGGAGGUGAUCAGCAGUGACCGAAGCUUCAAAUGCCCCACCAUAACUAUGGCCAACACAGCCACCAAUCAGUACGUGUUGUCAGGUCCUCGAAUCGGAAGCAAGUUGCCCGUCUACUUCUAUGAGUUUCAACACCGAACCGCGUCUGUGCAGUGGCCUGAAUGGGCGGGAACAAUGCACGGAUACGAGAUUGAAUAUGUGUUCGGUAUCCCUUUCAGCCCACAGUUUCAGGCCACGUUCUAUCGGUUUACGGACGAAGAGCGAAGACUGAGUGAUAUGAUGAUGACCUACUGGGCCAAUUUCGCUAGGACCGGUGACCCAAACAUCUUACCACUGGACAAGGACGUACUGAAUUUGAACAGUCCGGCUGGAGAGGCAGAGGAACGAGUUGAUUCUGUCUUGGAACCGAAACACAUCACAGAUUAUUUGGAGCAAGUCCGGUUACCUGGAUCCCUCGCCAAAUGUGAAUUCUCCAACUGGCCCCAGUAUCUAAACGAAACUGCUUCUUAUCUGAUUUUCGGAGAGGAGGCUGGUAAGCUGUUGGUGGGAUCUGCUCCCCGACGGCGUCAAUGUCUUUUCUGGCAACGGUGGUAUCCGGCUUUGUUGCUGCAAAUUUCAUUACUGAUAAUCACGACAAAAAAUUUGGCUUGGGUUUCAUUACUGAUAAUCACGACAAAAAAUAUUGGCUUGGGUGAGGAAAUUGCACGGAUAACCGUUGCAGGGAGAGAACACAGUUCAAAACAAAAAAAUGAUUGGCCAUUUGUCGCUUUCUUAAGGAGAUUGUAUCGUGUAAAGGGUUGCAGUGUGAAUGAAUUCAAUCAAAAUGGAAGCAAAAGCUGCUGUGAGUUUACAAAUCAAGGUGUCUACGAAACUACCUCUUAG